CGGUUACUCCGCCCAGGGUGGAAAGCAGUUGAGACCUCAGUGACAGCUCAGACAAUGUGCUAGAACGACACGGCAGAGGAUUAAACAGCCCACUUCACAUGCAGCCAUGACUUCGAUGUUUCUCUGAAUAGUGGCUCUCUAAAAGGACUCGUUUUUCCUCUGUUGGCAUAACUAUUUGGCAGUCAUGAACAAACUAGCCAAAGCGCUAUAUGAUAACACAGCUGAGUGUGCGGAUGAACUUGCUUUCAAAAAGGGGGAUAUUGUGAUGGUCAUGGAUCAGCACGUAGCUGGGACCAGUGGCUGGUGGAUGUGCUCUCUGUAUGGAAGACAUGGCUUGGCUCCUGCAAACAGACUGAAGCUUUUAUCACAGACUGAAAUCCAAGACUCCCCAAGUUUUGUUUCUGAAAAAUCCAAAUUAACUCAAGGUAAAAGUUAUAACAAGGAGGAAAAUAUCUACAAUACCCCAAGCACACAGCAAUCCACAAACAGCCCUACCUAUGAACGUAUGGACAUGAUCUACAGGGUCCCAAACUAUCUUUCAUCGAGCAUCAAACAUUCAGCCCAAUCAGCACUUCAGCACAGCACUGAAGGACCUGAGGCAAGUAAGACUACAUUCCUCAACAUGGCAUCCAGUCCAAAAGGGGAGGUUUAUGAUGUUCCAUGCCAACCAAGACGAGCUUCUCUUUUCACUGAAUCAACACUUCGCAUACAAGUGUCACAAAAACAACAGGUGGUUCCACUUUCACAGCUGGAAAAAAGAUUAGACUCUCCAGAAAGUUUAAAAUGUGCCAGUCCAGGAGCCUGUUCUGUCUAUGUGGUUCCUCCUCCUUUGCCUCAGAACCCAAACUAUGAUAUCCCUGCUCCCCCAGGCACAACAGAGUCCAUGCAGAGAAUGACUUGUGUAUACGACACAGAGCUAAAUCCUGUCAAGCCUGAGUGGAUAUAUGAUGUGCCAGCGAGGUCUGGAACACAAAGUCCACAACAAAGCUCUUGUGAUACCUGGGCUUCCAAUGCCAUUUGCAGGCAGAUCUAUGAUCCUCUUCCAGCACAUACUUUGACCAUUGACAGAGAAAAUCCAGCAUCCUCUCUUUAUGAUAUACCAAAACCCAGUUCUCUUGACAUCUCAAGUCCACCCAAAGUGCUACCACGAAUUCCAUUGUGUGACAAAGCUCCAACUCAGCAACUUAAAGCGGAGUUAAUAUAUGCUGUUCCCCCAAAUUAUGAAUCUCUCCCCAAAGUUGUCAGUGAUGCUUCCAGUGAUCAAAAAUCCCUUGAGUGCAGGAGUGACUCAAACAAUAUUUCGGAACUAAAAUGGGUGCGGCUGCAGCGGAUGAGGAAUUUUCUGACUUGUGUUUCUUUGCAUGACCUGCCAGGAAAUGGAGACUCGAUGGUGCAAGAAGACGAGCAAGGUAGAAUACUGUGCUUCACUGCAUCAGGAAAUCAGAGAAUCAGUACAGCUUCCACCUCUUCCGCUAGCUCCUGUGAUUCUCUCACCCUGAGCCAGUCAUCUCCCGAAUCUCUAUGCGAAGUAACUCUCAGUCAAGAUGAGGUCUGUUGCAAACUCUUUAACCUACAGGAGUCUGUUUGCAGGGCGGUACCCCAACUUAUGGACUUUGUUAGCAGUAACUGGAGGUAUAAAGAACAUCUAGAGAAACACCUCAAAGAGAUCAAAGAAGCAGCAGAAGGGAUUGCAUGUUCUCUGAUGUCCUUCCUAAACUUUGCUCUGGAUAUUAAGGGUAAUGCAUACCGUUUAAAUGAUGCCAAUUUGCAAACCAGGCUUUUUAAACAGCUCUCAAUCAUAGAAGACUCAGGUGUGAUCCUACAGCAAACAGUAAAUGCUCUGAACGUGACUGGGUGGUCCCUUAGCACUCUUUGUCAAGACCCAGGCCACGUCUAUGCACCUGACCAACUGGAUCGUUUCGUUAUGGUGGCACGCACUGUUCCAGAUGAUGUUAAGCGCCUAGUGUCUAUCUUCCAUGCAAACAGCAAGCUACUGUUUAGAGCUCCCCAGAAAGAUCUUGAGUUCAUGAGCACCACAGAUCCAGCUGAGAUGAAGAAAGGUUCUGAUACAACUGAGCAAGGAGAUGAUUUAAUAGAAGAGGACAACGACUAUGUUGAGUUACAGAAUAAGGAUGUGGAGAGGAAGCUUGAGGAAGUGCAGAGGGAACCAAGAGAAAAUGUCCCACCAGUCCUGGUACAUGAAAAAAAAAACAAUACCAACGACCAUACGGUGCACCGUACCAUACGGCGCACCGUACCAAACGGCGCAGUCUCAGUUAUGUGUGCCAUUACUGUAUUUAACACACACAUACGGCGCACGGCUAAUAAGAAGCAUCACUCAUGUAACCCAGACAGCAGCGCAGAGGAGCAUCAACCACCGCCCCUCCCAGAACAUUGCCGGCUUUAUUUUGGAGCUCUUCAAAAGGCCAUCGCAGGAUUUGUGGGUGGACUUCACAAUGGUCUGCCACCAGAGAAAUUCAUCUCACAAAGUAAGCUGGUGAUCAUGGUGGGCCAAAGAUUGGUGGAUACUCUAUGCAGGGAAGCCCAACGUGGAGGGUCCAGUCAAAAACUCCUGUGUAAAAGCAACCACCUAUGUGCUCUCCUGAAGCAGCUAGCUGUGGCCACCAAGAAGGCGGCUCUGCACUUUCCAGAUGAGAAGGCUCUGUUCGAGGCCCAGGAGUUUGCCAAAGAACUGGCUCAAAGAGCACAGCACUUUCGGAUAUCACUUGACCUCUAAAAGAACACACAUCAACCAUUAUAAUAUACUGGCUUGACAAAAGCAAAUAUAUUUUCUAUCUUUCUGUAUAAUAACCUUCAUGGUUUUGUCAGUAAUUUCAUAAUUCAGCUUUAUGCCUAUAUUGAGGUAGUAGACCUGUUGGCUGGUGGUGUUGAAGUGAUCUAGAUUUACUUGGUAAAAAAACAGUAUUAAAGGCAAAGGUUGUUUUUGUGAGUAGAUGAGCCAUUUUUGAGUUAAACCAACUUGAAAUUUGAAUUACAGGAACACUGCAUGUUCAGAAUUAGGAGUGGUUGUAGAGCAGAAUAUAGCCUAAAUGUAGCACAAACCUUGUAAAUUCACACACACACACACACACACACACACACACACACACACACACACACACACACACACACACACACACACACACACACACACACACACACACACACACACACACACACACACACACACAUACACAAAAUCACAACCUAAAGCAAAAUAGAUUAUUUGCUUUAGUUUGGUGCAGCCCAAGUGUUUUGGUUUUGAUUGGGACAUUGUCUGAAAUGGUCCAACUGCAGCAGUGAAUUGGCCCCAUUUUGUAUUACAAAUCGAGUACAUUUAAAAAAAUGACAAACUGUGCUUCAUAUGUUUUUUGCUAAGAGAUAAUAUAAUCCGGGUUUGGCAGUCUAAAUAUUGAUUGUUGAACUGCACC